AUGUUGCCAUGCAGAGUGCGAUCAUUCAAAGCGUUUUUAAGGAAAUGUCAGUUUUAUUUUUCACUGCAUACAGUCAGGGUAUUAGGAACCACGCAGAUUGAUGCACAUGUAGGUGUUGGUGAGCGAGAUGUGAUCCGUUUUGAAACUGGGCAUAUAGCCCGAUUAGCUGAUGGCGCUGUUGUUGUUUCGCAAGGCGAGACUUCUGUACUGGCUACCGUGGUCGGAAGACAUAGCUCAGCUAGUGAUACGGCAGAUUUUAUGCCCCUGACUGUCGAUUUUCAACAGAGCGCAUCUGCUGUUGGUCGUAUUCCUAUGAAUUAUUUGCGAAGAGAGUUGCAACGAAAUGAUGCUGACAUUCUGGCAUCCAGAAUGAUUGAUCGAUCAAUCAGGCCAUUGUUUCCGAAAGACUAUUCGGGUGAAACUCAGAUAAUAUGUAAACCUCUUGCGGUAGACGAUGAUGGAGAUCCAGUAAUGUUAGGGCUUAAUGCAGCCUCGGCAGCUCUAACUCUAUCGGAUAUACCGUGGGAAGGACCACUUGGAGCUGUCAGAGUAGCUCUUAUUAAUAAUGAGGUUGUCGUCAAUCCAAGUCGGAAAAACAUGAAAAGUUCUUCAGUGGAUCUAGUUAUUGCUGGUUGUGACAAUGGGAAACGAAUACUGAUGAUCGAUAUGGAUGGUUGUGAAAUUGAGAUGGAAAAUUUUUCCGAGUGUAUUAGAAUUGGUCUUCAAGCUAUUUCUCACUUAAUUCAAGCCAUUAAUAAAGUGAAGGAUUCGUGCGGUCGUCCAAAACGGCAGAAUGGUAAUGAAGAAAUUGAUAUUGAUUUGAUAGCGUUAACAGAAGAAAUGCAUGUCUUAUGUGGCGACCAAUUAUAUCAGAUUUUAACGAAUGCUAAACAUGAUAAGCUAUCACGAGAUCAGGCUGUUUCUGAACUUGGUGAUCGUCUUCUUGAAAAAUUCAAAGAAAGGAGUUCUCCGCAUAAGCUUCGUCAUACUUUCAGAAAUCUUCUCAAAAGAUCAUUGAGGGAAGCGUUGUUCAAAAGUGAAAAGCGAUGCGAUGGACGGAAAUUCAAUGAACUUCGUCCGGUUAAUAUUAGAAUGGAUGUUCAUAAAAAUUUGCAUGGAUCAGCAUUGUUUCAGCGCGGUCAGACCCAGGUGUUUAGUACAGUGACGUUUGAUGCUCCAUCGGCCGCAUUUCAGCCAGAUGCACUGUCACAACUACUUGGUGCCCAACAAAAAAAAAUGUUCAUGUUGCAUUAUCAGUUCCCGUCAUUUGCCACUACUGCUAUUUCUUCUUCUGCACGAACCUCACGCAGAGAGCUAGGACAUGGUGCUCUCGCUGAGAAAGCUCUAAAGAGGCUUAUUCCAGAUGACUUUCCCUACUGCUUGAGGCUUGCCUGUGAUGUCCUAGAAUCAAAUGGUUCAUCUUCGAUGGCAUCAGUUUGUGCUGGUUGUUUGGCUCUUCUUGAUGCAGGAGUACAAAUAAAGGCACCGGCUGCCGGUAUAGCAAUGGGUUUGAUUAUUAAUGAAGAACGAAAUGAUUAUCGUAUCCUGACAGACAUUAAUGGUUUGGAAGAUUUUGCUGGAGAUAUGGAUUUCAAAAUAGCGGGAACAGUGCGCGGUUAUACGGCGAUGCAGUUAGAUUUGAAAGUGCCAGGCAUAACGCCAAAAUUAGUUACGGAGUCUUUAAAACAGGCGAGGAAUGGAUUAGAACACCUUCUGCAGCUAAUGAAAAAGGCGCAACCUGUAUCCCGCGACCAAUUUAAAACUACGGUCCCGGUUCAUGAGACAAUACCUGUUGAAAUCUACAAACGCCACAUCAUAUUUCGUAGUGGAGGCUAUAAUGCUAAGCUAAUCGAAUCAGAAACCGGUGCUAAGAUAAGCAUAGAGGAUGAUACAAACAUAUCUAUCUUUGCUCCUAACAAAGUGAAGCUAGAAGAAGCGAAAGUGAUGCUAAACAAAAUGUUCGAGAACGAAAACGAAAUAGACCUAGUGUUCGGUGCAAUGUACAAGGCGGAAAUCACAGAUUUAUUGGAUCAUGGCGUGCUGGUAACACUUCACAAGGGUAUGAAACCGAUCUUACUGAAAAACAGCAAUUUGGAUGUGAGGAACGUAGCUCAUGCCAAGGUGCUUGGUUUCAAGGUUGGUCAGAAAAUAAUUAUCCAGUAUUUGGGACGAGAUCCAUACACUGGGUACCAUAGGAUAUCAAGAAAAACGUUGCAGUCUGCAUCGUUACCUGUUCAGAAUGUACAUCACAACACUUAG